AUGUUUAAUCUAAGGAAACCUUCGUCGUGGUUGUUACCCCUAACUGCAAUCUUAUACACAUUCUUUUUAGUUGCUUUACCCCUAACUUCUCCAAGAAACUCAUUGGUUAAUGCUGCUGGUACAGAUGAAAACUAUGGUACUGUUAUUGGGAUCGAUUUGGGGACCACAUACUCAUGUGUGGCUGUUAUGAAAAAUGGUAAGACUGAAAUCUUGGCUAAUGAACAAGGUAAUAGAAUUACCCCAUCCUAUGUUGCAUUUUUGGAAAAUGAAAGAUUAAUUGGUGAUGCUGCCAAGAACCAAGUAGCAUCCAACCCAAAGAACACCAUCUUCGAUAUUAAGAGAUUGAUUGGGUUGAAGUUCAACGACAGAUCUGUCCAAAGAGAUAUUAAACAUUUACCAUUUGAUAUUAUCAAUGAAAAGGGUAAACCAGUUGUCCAAGUCGAUGUUAAAGGUGAAUCCAAGAAAUUCACUCCUGAAGAAGUCUCUGGUAUGAUUUUGGGUAAGAUGAAGCAAAUUGCUGAAGAUUAUUUGGGUAAGAAAGUUACUCAUGCUGUUGUUACAGUUCCAGCUUAUUUCAACGAUGCUCAAAGACAAGCCACCAAGGAUGCUGGUACUAUUGCUGGGUUGAACGUUUUAAGAAUCGUCAAUGAACCUACUGCUGCUGCCAUUGCCUAUGGUUUAGAUAAGACUGAUGAUGAACAUCAAAUCAUUGUUUAUGAUUUAGGUGGUGGUACUUUUGAUGUUUCUUUGUUAUCUAUUGAAAACGGUGUAUUUGAAGUCCAAGCUACUGCUGGUGACACUCAUUUAGGUGGUGAAGAUUUCGAUUAUAAGAUUGUUAGACAAUUGAUCAAGACUUUUAAGAAGAAGCACGGUAUUGAUGUUUCUGAUAACAACAAGGCUUUAGCCAAAUUGAAGAGAGAAGCUGAAAAGGCCAAGCGUGCUUUAUCUUCUCAAAUGUCCACAAGAAUUGAAAUCGAUUCCUUCGUUGAUGGUAUUGAUUUAUCUGAAACUUUGACUAGAGCUAAGUUUGAAGAAUUGAAUUUAGAUCUUUUCAAAAAGACUUUGAAACCUGUAGAAAAAGUUUUAAAAGAUUCUGGUUUAUCCAAGAAAGAUAUUGAUGAUAUCGUUUUAGUUGGUGGUUCUACUAGAAUUCCAAAGGUUCAAGCUUUAUUAGAACAAUUCUUUGAAGGUAAAAAGGUUUCUAAGGGUAUUAACCCUGAUGAAGCUGUCGCAUUCGGUGCCGCUGUUCAAGCUGGUAUUUUAUCUGGUGAAGAAGGUGUUGAAGAUAUUGUCUUGUUAGAUGUUAAUGCCUUAACUCUAGGUAUUGAAACUUCUGGUGGUGUCAUGACUCCUUUGAUUAAGAGAAACACUGCUAUCCCAACAAAGAAAUCUCAAAUCUUCUCUACUGCUGUUGAUAAUCAACCAACUGUCAUGAUUCAAGUCUAUGAAGGUGAAAGAGCUAUGGCCAAGGAUAACAAUUUAUUAGGUAAAUUCGAAUUGACUGGUAUUCCACCUUCUCCAAGAGGUGUUCCACAAAUUGAAGUCACUUUUGGUUUAGAUGCCAAUGGUAUUUUAACUGUUAGUGCCACUGAUAAGGGUACUGGUAAAUCUGAAUCCAUUACUAUCACCAAUGAUAAGGGUAGAUUAUCUCAAGAAGAAAUUGAAAGAAUGGUGGAAGAUGCUGAAAAAUUCGCUCAAGAAGAUGCCAAUUUAAGAACUAGAAUUGAAAACAGAAACAAAUUAGAAAAUUACGCUCAUUCCUUAAAGAACCAAGUCAAUAAUGAAUUGGCUUCCAAAUUGGAAGAAGAAGAUAAAGAAACUUUAUUGGACGCUGUUAAUGAUACUUUAGAAUGGUUAGAUGACAAUUUCGAAACUGCUGAAGCUGAAGAAUUUGAAGAAAAAUAUCAAUCUUUAUCUCAAGUAGCUUACCCAAUCACUUCUAAGUUAUACGGUAGUGCUGGUGAAGGUGCUUCAUCAGGUGGUGCUGCUUAUGAUGAUGAUGAUUUAUUCGACGAUGAUGAUGAUGGAGAUUAUUUCGAAAAUGAUGAAUUGUAA